AUGCCAUGCUUCUUCUCCCCCCCCUUCCCUCCCCCUCUUCACGCUUUCCUGCCUUCUCAUUGGUAUCUGACGCCGUGUUGCAAGGGGCAAAACAACGCCAAAUAUGUCGCAAGCGCAGCGAACAGGCAGCAGGACUGGACCGAUUUGAUCGCCGGGCAACAUGGGUUCUGGGGACGGAAUAUACCAUCCGACAAGUCCAACCCCCAGAGACCUCAAUCAACCGGGUAUGUCGCAGCAGAUCGGCCGUAUGGAAUGGUUGGAUUAUUAAUAUAUCCACGCAAGAAAACCAGUAUAUCAUCAUCCAGGUCUAUAACCAACGGCUUACACCGUUCACUCUUUCCAACAAGCCCGUCUAACAGACGAAGCAUUCUCUCCCUCCCCCAAACUGCUCUAUCUUUGAUACCAUCAACAUCAACAGAAUCCGACUUGACGUUCAAGCGCGACUCGAGAAGCGAAAAGCCAAAACUGGAGCCAGUGCUGUCACGUGACAAUAACUUGGCCAACCAAAAAAGGAAAUAUAUAUAUAAAAAAAAAGAAAAAACCAUCUCUCGCUCCAAGGCAGAUUUAAAUCCCAUAACUACCAAUAAUCAGUUACAACUUGCAAGGCGCGCUCUGCUGUGCCAGGUUAUAGGUUCAGAUCAAAACAAGCUUUCCUACCAUGUAUACGCAGGACGGAGACACUAG